AAUAACAAACAAACAAAAUUAGAAUUAUCGAAUGAAUCAAGAUUAUGUGCUUUCUCAGAAAGUUACUCUUUUCUCAUAGAAAUCUCCAAAUCCUAAUUUCUCUCUUCCAGAAUCCAAAUUCUUCGCAAUCUCGAUUGAAGAAUUUGUAUUCACCACAACGAGUUCCUUAUUCCUCUCUUUAUAUACUCUCACCAAUAGUAAAUCGAUCGAGUUUGGAAUUGUUGCGAUGGCAGAAGCAGUGGUGUCGACUGCUCUAGCAACCUUGCGCAAUUUGUUGGUGGAAGAAGCAAUGUUUUUGUAUGGCGUGGGUGACAAAGUGAGGGAGCUCGAGAUGCAGCUCAAAGAGAUGAAGUGUCUUCUCAAAGAUGCUGAUAGAAGACGACAUGGAAGCAAAACCAUUUUGAAUUGGAUCUCAGAGAUCAAAGAUCUUGUGUACAGAGCCGAAGCUGCCAUUGAAAGACACGCAGCUUAUCAAGUGUUGGCAAGGAGAAGACGAGGUCUCAGGCAGCUCAUCCGCAGAUAUUCUUGUAUUUUGGAAGAAGGCUACUCUCUCCACCAACUAGGCUCCGAGAUUUCACAAAUCAAAUCCGAUCUUGGAAGAGUCACCGAAGCCAUGCGAGCCUACGGAAUAAAGAACAUCAUCGAUCGCGGGGAGAGCUCGUCCACCAAUGACAGGGCACGGAAGAGCUUCCCUGAAUUCGAGAUCGGAGAGUGUUUUGUGGGGAUGGAGGAAGAGUUGAUGCAGGUUGGUAAUCUCCUCAGGCAAGACAACGAGGAACGAGUUAUAUCAGUGUGGGGAAUGGGGGGAUCAGGCAAGACUACCAUUGCCAAAAAGCUCUACAACGAGACCAAAACCAGCUUUGAUCUUUGCGCAUGGGUUUGCAUCACUCAGCAAUGUCAGAGUUUUCAAUCAGUUUGGAAUGAUGUUCUCAAGCAGCUAGAGCAUCAAAGCAGGAAGGGUGUAAGCGAUGAGCCACAAAAAAUAAGGGAGGACGUUGUUCCAAAUGUAAGCGACUGGGAGUUGAAGGAGCGACUAUGCAAGAUACAAAGGGACAAGCGUUGCCUCAUUGUUUUGGACGAUCUUUGGAAAGUUGCUGAUUGGAAUGAAUUGAAGCAUCCCUUCCUUGUUCAUGAUUUGAAAAGCAAAAUAUUGAUCACCACGCGCGAGGAGGAAGUUGCAGAGAUUGGAUGCCCGGUAAAAGUUGGGCUUCUAAAAGAGGGAGAUGCUUUGGAACUACUCAAGAUGAAAGCCUUUCCACAUACCAACAUUCCAGACUUUGCAUUGGAAGGAAAUUUUGAGAAAAUUGGGAAAGAAAUGGUGCAGAAAUGUGGGUAUUUGCCGCUGGCAAUUUCUUUACUCGGUGGGGUCUUGAGAAAGAAAAAUUUAAUGAUGGAGUGGGAGUUAGUAAAAGAAAUAAUAUAUAGAGAUGAAAGUGAAAUUGAUGGAGUACUAUAUUUAAGCUAUGAAAGUCUACCCUAUUAUUUGAAGCCUUGCUUUCUCCAUAUGGGUUUAUUUGAAGAGGAUGAAGAGAUAGAUGUUGACUAUCUGUAUUGGAUGUGGAUUGCACAAGGCACGAUUUCGUAUGAGAAUAUUAAAGACAAAGACAAAACUUUGACUGAAAUUGCGGAGCUCUACUUGGGUGAGUUGGCCUCAAGGUCCAUCGUCGAUGUUGAAAUUUACAAUGAUGGCAAAACUGGAAGAAAAUAUGGGAGCUGCAAACUUCAUGAUGUAGUAAGAGAACUAUGUCUGAAAAUGGGGGAAAAGGAGGAUUUUGGUGUGCUAUGUUUGGAGUAUAAAAGUGGGAAACUUAGUACUUUACUGCAACAAGCUUCCUCGCAUAUGAAAAUACUACGACAUUUGGCUAUCCAUAUCAGAACAAGUGAAGUCGAACUGGAACCUGUCGAACUUGGAGAAGAUGCUAGCAAACACUUAAGGUCUCUUCAUAUAUUCAAUCACUUCAGUAGCCUUGAGUUUCCCUCGCAAAGCAUCUUUGAUUUUCAGAAAUUCAAAUUGCUCAGAGAUCUUGUUAUCAUCGGAUUCAAAUUUGCAGGUAGAAAGUUACCGAAAGGAAUCACUAAUCUUGUUCACCUUAGAUAUUUACGUUUAGAAGAAUGUGAAUUUGAUAAGGUACCGUCGUCCAUAAGGAAUUUGGUAUACAUGGAUACCCUUGAUUUAAAUGGUUCGAGGAAUAUCGAAGUCCCAAAUGUUUUUAAGGAGAUGCUAUGUUUAAAGCACUUGUUUCUUCCGAAGUAUAAGGAGGCAAAAAUUGGAAGUUAUCGAUUAACAUUGGACGAGGGAGUGGUUGACUUGGAGAGUCUGGUGGGAUUGGAUAGUAGAGUGCAUGAAUUAAAAUGUCUGAACAAAAUGAAGAAUUUGCGACGUUUUUCAGCAAGCAUACACGAUAAUGAAAGCUUGUCAGCUAUCAUGAAUGCCAUUGCUACAAACUGGAACAAGUUAGUGCGUUGUAUGGUUGAAAUCAAUUCGGGUUGCGAGUUAGGAACAAAUGAGGGUGUGUUGAAAAAGGCAUUCACAUGUCCCAAUCUUCAUUCCUUGUGGAUUGCAGUUAAGUUGGGGAAUGUGAUAUCAGAGUGCGGGAGUGCCUUCAUCAGCUCUAAACUUACAAGUUUGAUCUUGUUGAAAUGUGAGAUUGAGGAUGAUCCAAUGGGGAUAUUGGGGAAGCUUCCUUGCUUGACAUAUUUGAGUUUAUUCACAGAAUCAUUUGUUGGGAAAAAGAUGACGUGUCCAUCAAACAGUUUUCCUCGCCUCAAGAUGCUUUUUCUAUCUAAAUUACCGAACCUGAGAGAGUGGAGAGUGGAGGCGGGAGCUAUGCCCCUUCUCUGUCAAUUAGUGAUCCAUGAUUGUUCUAGUCUGGAGAUGCUUCCAGAUGGAUUGAGAGGCAUUUCUACUCUUCGGGAACUGUGGAUUAAUAGAAUGCCAGAAAUGGGGAAGAGGGUAUCGGCAUUAGGAGAGGAUUUCCACAAAGUCACCCAUGUCCCUGAAAUUAUCAUCCAAGACUAGUCUAGUCUCCACCCAGGUAAUGCUUGCAACAAUCCCAUUCUCAAUUCCCAAUUUUUAUUUUGUUUCAAUUCUAGUUUUUCUCUAAAAGAGAGCUACAUUCUUGUUGUUCCAUGUCCCAAGUGUUUCUCUUUAAUUAUUUGCAUUCUUUUCUCUGCAACCUUGCUUCGCAUAAUUCACCUUUUUUGAAAUAAAUGUGUAUAUUUCUUUUGUACGUAGCUCCAAACCUAACGUCGACAUGGUGGCCAUAUUCCAUUCCUUGUAUUAUUAAUCUAGACAAUUUAUUCUAGACUUGCUUAGUUCCA